GGGGCCGCCGGGGGAAGAAGAUGGCGGCGCAUGGAAAAGCCCGGGCAAGUGGUGGCAGUGGAGAGGAGGAGCGGGGAUCUGGGGGCUCGGAGUCGGAGCUGGAGCUGUUGCUGCUGCACCCGGAGCUGCUCUCGGAGGAAUUCCUGCGGCUCACCCUGGAGCAGAAAAAUAUAUUAGGUGAAAAUGAUGUGAAGAUGGACAAAGAUGGGCUCACUGAUCUCUAUAUUCAACAUGCCAUUCCCCUGCCUCAGCGUGACUUGCCAAAAAGUAGAUGGGGGAGAAUGAUGGAAAAGAAGAGACAGCAAAAUGACUUCAAAAGUGAGAAGAAAAGUGUUACAACAGUGGAAGGUUUAAGGAAACGGCCAUUGAUUGUAUUUGAUGGCAAUUCGACAAGUACAAGCAUAAAGGUGAAAAAGACGGAGAACGGAGCUGCUGAUCGCCUGAAGCCUCCUCCAGCUGGAAGCACCACCAACACAGUUAGGAGAUUGUCAGUUCCUUCAAAUGCCUCCACAUACCUUUCAGCAUCCAGUUUGUCAGAGGACGCUAAGCUGGGAAUAAGGAAUAAUGAGGCUCAGCAGAACAAUAUUACAAAGACUGACAGCAGUGUGUUGACUGGUCUGAAGGUUUGCCCUUUGUCUCCAAUAGCAGGAACUACUGUUGUGAAGUUAAAGAGGUCUGUUCCAAAAGAGGAAUCAGAUUUGCCGAAUGACCUAAAGCCUUCAGAAGCAAAGAAGAAAAUCCAGCAUGUUACAUGGCCAUGAAGUAGCUAAUGGUGCUCGAAACCUAAAUAUUACUUCCAUAUUUUCAAAUAGAUAGACCAUAUUUAAACAGUUUAAAUAAAAUUAUUUUAAAAUUUACAGACUUACAGAGAUUCAGAUUGCUGUGAAGUUUUAACAAGUUUAACAGCUCCCUGUUGUAAAGCUGGAGUCACUAUCACCAGUCACCUUAAAAGUAUCCACUCUUGUACACCGAGUAGUUAAUUACUUCUUUAAAAGGUGGUGAUAUUACACUAUACUAAACCCUCUGCUCUUAGUUUUCAAGAUUAUUAUAGUUCAUCUCCUCCAUGUCACUGUGAUUCACACAUUGUUUCGCUAAGAUUCAGUUUUAUUCCACAUCUGAUUAAAUAGUUUAAAUAGCUAUUGAAAUUUAGAGUGAUCCCUAGAGCCUUCUUGGCUUUAAAAAGGUAAUUAAUUUAGGUGAGAAAACUGACCAUUCUGCUGAUAGGAUAGUCUACAAAAAUUUUUUUUCCUUUUUGUUGCACAGGAGUGUAGAAUUUGCAGUGCAAGUUAGGUUGGUAAUAAGAGAUGAACUAUUUUAACAGCAUUACUUCAAAUUGAAGUUUCUCUUGAUAUAUGAAACAAGGAAUGCACAGAUGGAAAUACGUGACUAGACUGAUAACGGAACUUCGAGAGGAAGUAGUGAAUGGAUUAGUGCCAUGUUCUAUUAAGUACACAGGCAUAUUUUUUACAUACAUAAGUGUAAAAAUGUGCCAGUGUAGGAAAUUUGCUUGUUUUCCUGGUUACAAUCAUGCUUAUUUAUAAAAUAUGGAGAAAACCAAUGGAAUGCAGACCUGUGCUUUCUCAGCCUACAGACAGUUGAAGAAGGAUGUGGAUAGGAAGACAGAAGUACCUUGAGAGCAUUAACACUUGUAAUUGCACUCUAGAAAAAAACCCCACAAACCUGUUUUCCCUUCUUUUGAUAAUUUAAGAUGGAUUUUGGUUUUCUGUGAAAUUUGGUGUUUUAUCUGGGUUAUUGGUAGUGCCUCACAGGGCAAAAAGGAUUUUGGUUUUCUGUGCAAUUUGGUGUUUUAUCUGGGUUAUUGGUAGUGCCUCACAGGGCAAAAAUCCAAUUGAGUUGAUGGAAACAUUUUUAUUAAAACUCAUUGAUUCAGGGUGAAGGCAGUUUAGAUCAGUUUUAGGUACAGAUGGUAAAUAAGAAUAAUAACAAUGUCCCAGACUUGGUAAAACAAGAAGAAUCAACUUCUGAAUCCACUUAGUUAACCCAGUAAAAGAAGUUUGGUAGUGAUCAGAAAGCUUGUUUACAUUUUUAACACUGGUUUAUAUUGAAACCAAAAACUGUAGCUUAGUUCUUUACUUUACAGAAGUUCUCCAUUCACUGUUAUGAUGUAAAAGGCACUUCUCGAAUGCUGUAAAAUGGUAAGAAUGUGUGUUUUGAAAUGGUGUGCUCUUUC